AUGUCUUUGAGUAACUCAUCAUCACUGGUUCUGAUCACCUUGAUAUUGGCCACGUCGUGCCUAGUCUCCGAGAGCCGGAUUGCAAGAAAAGACUUGGGUUUGGACCUUGGCGGGAUAGGGGUAGGGAUCGGUACUGGCAUCGGCAUAGGUCUUGGUGGAGGUGGAUCCGGAUCAGGAGCUGGUGCCGGGUCAGGAUCCGGAGGAGGAGGAGGGUCAAGCUCUUCUUCCUCAUCUAGCUCCAGCAGUUCUUCGAGUUCUGGUGGUGGUGGAGGUGAUGCGGGAUCCGAAGCUGGAUCAUACGCGGGGUCACGUGCAGGGUCUGGUUCUGGCAGAAGUUCCGGGUCAGGUCGUGGAAGAGGAGGUGGUGGUGGAGGGGGAGGGGGAGGUGGAGGAGGAGGUGGUCGCGGUGGAGGAGGUGGAGGAGGUAAUGGAGGAGGAUACGGUGAAGGAGGUGGUUACGGAGGAGGUUACGGUGGCGGCGGCGACUGA